GCCUUGUAUUUCCCCCUAAAAAAAUCUGGCCACCCUGCACGAAAAGCGCCAAACAUUAUUCGCUUCUUCUCUUUUUCGAUUUGCUCCUUGAUCUUCGCGGAUCUCUUUCCCAAGUUCUGGACGAGAUUGAACUAUUGGCAGGGAGGCGUCCACCAUGUCGGAGGGCGACGACUACCUGUUCGCCGUGAUGCUGCACGCGCAGCUGAACGCAGAGGAGGAGCAAAAUAAUUCCUCCGUAGCUGCGGAGCAGAACAAAGAGUCGGACUACGAGCUGGCCCGCAAGCUACAGGCCCUCCUGGACGAGGAGAAUGACGCCGAGGAGGGGGACGUAGACGGAGCCAGCGACCUGGACACCAGCCUCCAGUUCGUCUAUCCCUCGAACCAGAAUCAGUCCAAAUCGCAGAACACAAUGGGAAACAAAAAGACCGCAAAGGGAGCCGAUGCCCCGAAGAAGCCGCCAGUACGCGCCAUCCAGGCAAGCCAUGAUGACUAUCUCAACCAGACGCAGAACCUGGUGCAUCCGCAGUGGGAGCUGGUCGAUCCCACUCCGGACAUCUACUCCAUGUUCAUUCGCUUCGACGAGAAGUUCUUCCAGCAGCGCCUGGGCGCCGUCGCCCUCGAGUGGAGCAAGCGCAUGUACUCGUGCGCGGGUAUCUGCUACCAGCGGGGCAAUCGGUUCGUCAAGGAGGUGACCAUCCGGCUGAGCGAGCCGCUGCUCAAGUUGCGUCCGCGCAAGGAUCUCGUGGAGACGCUGCUGCACGAGAUGAUCCACGCCUACUGCUUUGUCCUUAACAUCCGCGAGGGCAACGGGGGUCAUGGACCGAACUUUAAGCGCAUCAUGGAGACGAUCAACAAGGUGGCGGGCACCAACAUCACCGUUUACCACUCGUUCCACGACGAGGUGAACGCCUAUCGCACCCACAUCUGGCGCUGCACAGGCAUUUGCCAGAACCGCACGCCAUUCCAGGGCUAUGUGAAGCGGACCAGCAACCGGGCACCCGGGCCCAGUGACCAGUGGUGGGCGAAGCACCAGCGCGAGUGCGGCGGCACCUUCAUGAAGCUGGGUGAGCCAUCGAAGCCACCCAAGCCGGAGCCCAAGUCCAGAGCCAAGAAGGUUGUCAAGCCAGAGGCUGCACCCAAGGAUGACAUACGUAACUGGCUGGGCAAGCCGGCAGCCAAGAAGCCACCCACAGCCGGAACUUCGCUGGGUGAGCCAGCGGCCAAGAAGGCAGCCACAAAUGCAGCUCUGCUGGGCAAUCUGGUGGGCGCCGUGCCGCCCACUUCCUAUCCGGGACUCUCAUCCGAUCCAUUUGCCAUGCCCAAGCCACCAGCUGCAGCUAAGCCGAGUGGGGCCAACAUCAUGAGCUUCGGCGACCUCAACACAAGUGACGAAGAGAAUGCUCCCACAGGUUCAGGUUCACGCUCGAAAGCAACCGCUGAGAUGGGCGGACAGGGGUACAGCGUCGGUGGAACCUACGCUCACCCCAUUACCAACGAUAAUAGUCCUGAUCCCUCGCGGCUGCGUCAAAUUCGUCUCGAACGAUUCGGAAAAGGCAAAUCCACAAAGGAAAACGAUACAUCCCAGCCAGAAAAUGCCCAGAAGAGACGCCGUGUCUCCAGUGAUACCGAAAUAGUUACCUGGGAAUCGUACGACGAUGAUGUGAUGGUCGCAGAUGUGGCCAUGCCCGUAAUAGACCUGGCCGACAGCGAUAGCGAUGAGGAGCAGCCGGCGAACGACCAGUCCUUUAGGGCAGGGGCUAGGAACACCAUGAGCAGUGCUGAGCGCACGCAGUGCAUCAAGCGCGAGGUGUUUGAGGACGAAACGAUCUUUUCCGAGGAUGAUAUCCUGUUCAUUGAUGACGAAUACGACGAUGAGGAGGCGGCCACCAAUAACAGUUUCACAGCGGCCACGGAGCUGGCCGAUCAGUCCAUCAUCGACGACUUCUUCGGCGAGGACACCCUGCUGCAGGAGUUCCAGCGCGAGAACUCUGUGCAGCCCAGUUGCUCGAACUACUCCAACAAUGUGGACAACGACAUCGUCUCCUGUCCCAUUUGCUUUGAGAAAAUGAAGCGUACGCAGCUGGCGAAUCACUUCGAGGGCUGCACCAUCACAGUGCGCGUGGAGCCGCCAUCGUUUAAACCAAAGGGCGUGCGGACAAAUGCCGACUCUACUGGCCGUGACUUGGCCAGCAGUGCCUCCACCUCGAAGUUUUCCAGUUCGCGCGGCUCUAAGACAAAGUCGCAAACUUCUAAGCAAAUUCUCCGCAACUCCGGGUACACUGACAAGGAGAUUGCCGAGCUAAACCUGAGCUCCUCCAGCGACUCAACCACGGUGCUAUCCAGCGAGGAUGAGCUCACUCCCCGGCAGCGCCGUCAGCGCAAUCUCUUCAAACAGACCGUGGGCUGCCCCAAAUGCGGCCAGGAGCUGAUGGGCCACCAGCUGGAGGCGCACCGCUCCCUUUGCCAGUCCAAAAAGAAGCGCUAGGGCUGCACGCCCUAUGCCACCCAAAUCUGAAGCUAGCCAUUCCGUUAUAUACUCUUGUAUCCAUUAAUGUUUGAAGUUAAAAUUUUAUUUGUUUGUUCUGUGAAUAAAGGAGAAAUGUUAUAAGAUGCGCCCGAAAUAA